AUGCAGAAAAAUUCAAGACAUGAAGGAAAAGAAAUAAAGAUGCAGCAACAUGUUGUUACACAACACGAUACUCCAAUUACUUUUAAAUGCAUUAUGAUUAAGCAAUCAUCUGAUUCAACAUCACAAUUCAUUUUGUGUCAUUCUAUUUCAGUAUUAAAUCUGUCAUUGAGUAACAAAUUACAAGCAAAGCUGCUGCAAUUGUCCAGAAGCUAUCGACAAAAUGAAAUGGCAAACAAUUGUCGCUGA